GAAACAUGACUUGUUCUUUAACUGAGUUUUGAGAGUAGCUGGAUGCGGACGUCGGGCUCCGACUCCUCCAAGUGUAGGCUAUCUGCUUCAGGCAAUCAGUGAGGACCGCGAUUGGUUAGUGUUGCAGCUCUCUGUCCCUCUGCCUCUCCUGCGCCUUAACUGAUAUAUGAUAGUGAAUUUCAACUUUUGUACUGCUACACAGACUAAAAGGGAAGUUCUGUUUUUUUUUUUUAAUUUUGUUAUUAUUAUUAUUUCAUUUUUGAUCUCCAUUUAUCUCCCUUUUUUCUGUAAUAAAUAUGAGAGGUCGGGUGGCUGUCACUUGGAAUGUGAUAGGCUGUGUGCCAUUUCUUAUGCUGUUUUACGAGUAGGAUAAGGAAACAACAAAAAGGUGUGACAAGAGGUUGGCGGACAACUGUGGAUUUCUACGAGUUACUCCUACCUUCCAAAGGGACUGAGGGGGGCAUCGGCCAGACCCCCCUCUUGAUUGAUUAGUUAUUAGUCAUCCCCUUGGCUAAAUGGGACCCACUGAAAAGAACCCGUGGAACACAUACAUGAAUGAAAUAUUCCUGUGUCCCCUGAAUGUCUCCAGAGUAGUUUUGCUUAAGAGAGGGGGUCGUGGCUUAGCAAUAUAAAGAGGGAAAAACAGCAUAGCUUUAUGGGUUUAUUUAGACAGUUUAUACGGUUUGACAUUCUGCCGCUGUAAAAAGAGAGAAAGGAAAAACUCGGGAGGAUCCUAAACAGAAGAACAUUUUGGACAUUUAUAUUUGUUCAUUUUUUUUUUUACUUGUUUAUUUUCUUUUUCCUUUUACCUCUUAUUUUUGAUUUUUCUUUUUUUUCUUCUUUUUUUUUUUUUUUUUUUUUUUUUAGCUUUUGUCCGAAAAAUGAAACUUUGGACAUCACCCUGGGUGUCUUGCCUGGUGAUCCUCAUCCUGUGUUUUGGAUCAGAGUGCGGGACAGUCCGGAGAAAAGGGAGAUCCAAGAGGGAGCUGGUGCGCAUUAGGGAGGCGAGAGCCACCAUCCCAGGGGCUUGUGCCACACGUCUGCCCCGGGGCAAGCGGUCUUUACCCGGGCUGGAGCGACGGGUGCUCCGCCAGCGCCGGCGCUCCUCUCACGCGGAGGAAGACUCUCCAGAACGGGGGAAGGCUGUUUAUUUUACCGGUCGGGGAGAUCAACUGCGUCUGAAGCCCGGCGUGGAGAUACCGAGAGGGAACUUUACUCUGGAGAUGUGGAUCAAGCCAGAGGGAGGUCAGCGAUCGCCCACAGUGAUAGCAGGCCUGUACGACAAAUGUUUCUACGCCUCCAGUGACAGAGGUUGGCUGCUUGGGAUCCAGGCUGUUAGCGAACAUGGAAACCGCGAUCCUCGGUUCUUCUUUUCGCUCAAAACUGACCGCGCUCACAAAGUGACCUCCAUCCACGCUAAUGUUCGUUAUGUACCUAAGCAAUGGGCAUACGUGGCGAUCACAUAUGAUGGUGUGUACAUGCGGCUGUUCGUCAACGGGGCCCAAGUUGGUGUUAGCCGAGAGCAGUCAGGUGAUGUCUUCAGUCAUAUGACCAAAAAGUGCAAAGUGCUCAUGAUUGGGGGGAAUGCACUGAAUCACAAUUACAGAGGGGCAGUAGAAAAGGUGGGUUUGUGGAGGCAGGCCCGUGGACAGAGGGAUAUUAUCAGGGAUAUGCAGGGCCAUGAACAUCCCAGAGAUCUACCUCACUUGGUCAUACACGAAAACUUUGAACACCCAGGCCGCAAGUGGUUGACAGUUAAAGAUGGCAAUUUUCCUCAGCCAGAGAAGCAAGGCCUUGGACAAAAAGAAUAUCUAGGCACCGACGGCAUGGGAAAUACUGAGGGAUUAUUGGACACAACUCUAGAACCUCCAGCUUGUGGCCAAACUGUGUGUGACAAUGUUGACGUCAUUAAAAACUACAACCAGCUUUGGACUUUCCGUCAGCGAAAGGUAGUCCAGUAUCGUGUUGUAAAUAUUUGGGAUGAUGAAAGGAAGAGACCAACUGUAUCAGACAACCAAAUUAUCUUGCAACACCAGAAGCUGAAUGAUGCCUUCAAUCCCUACAAUAUAUCCUGGAAUCUCAGCAUUCAUAAUGUGACCAGCUCCUCCUUACGUGACCGCUUGAUUCUUGCCAACUGUGAUAUUGGCAAAAUUGGCAAUGAUGAAUGUGACCCUGAAUGUAACCAUCCACUGACAGGGUUUGAUGCAGGUGACUGUCUGUUUGGGCAUCCAAGCAACUGUCCUAAUCACAAACUGGGAAAUGGAGUAUGUGACGCUGAAUGUAACUGCGACACUUACUUUUAUGAUAACGCCGAUUGUUGCAAUCCCAAUGUGACGGAUGUGACCAAGACCUGCAUCGACAGCUCCUCUCCACACAAAGCCUUUUUGGAUAUGAAAGAAGUGAAAGAGAUUCUACGUUUGGAUGGGUCGACUCACCUGAAUGUCUUCUUUGCCAAUUCGUCUGAUGAGGACCUGGCAGGGGUUGCCACUUGGCCCUGGGACAAGGAAGCCCUUACACAUUUGGGUGGAAUUGUGCUUAAUCCUUCCUUUUAUGGAACAUUUGGUCACACUGACACAAUGGUCCAUGAGAUUGGACAUAGCCUUGGAUUAUACCAUGUAUUUCGUGGUGUAUCAGAGAUUGACUCCUGCAAUGAUGCUUGUUUGGAAACCGAACCUUCAAUGGAGACUGGAGACUUGUGUGCCGACACCAAUCCCACCCCAAAGUGUAAAGAGUGCAACGAUCCUGAACCAGGCAAUGAGACCUGCGGCCACCAGCACUUCAUGCAUACCCCUUUCAACAACUACAUGAGCUAUACAGAUGAUGCUUGUACAAAUUCAUUCACAUUGAACCAGGUAGCAAGGAUGCACUGCUACUUGGACCUUGUAUACCAGAAGUGGCAAACAAGCUUCAAAUCUCCUCCAGUGGUGAUGGCACCGCAUGUAGUUGAGCAGCAUCACAACUCUGUUACCCUGGAAUGGUUUCCACCAAUUUCUGGACACUUCUACGACAGAGAAGUGGGAUUAGCAUGUGAUAAAUGUACUGAGGGGAGGGUUCUACUGCAGUACGCCUCCAACUCUUCAUCACCAAGACCAUGCGACCCUUCAGGACACUGGUCCCCCCGAGAAGCUGAAGGUCCUCCAGAUGUGGAGCAAGCUUGUGAGCCAAGUGUACGCACAUGGAGCCCAAAUGCAGGAACUGACCAGGGUGUUGUUGGCCUAUCAGAGUGUCCUCCACAGGGUUGCAUGCUUCAGUUGGAGUUCCAACACCCAGUGGUUCCCGAUUCGCUGACUGUGUGGGUGACAUUUUUCAGUCCCGAGGAGAGCGCUCUGCCUGCUAUCCACGACAUCUUGCUUUUGACUGUGAGUGGAAACAACAUUUCGCUGGGGCCCAGUAACGUCUUCUGUGACACUCCAUUGACUCUGAAACUGGACGUGGAAGAAGCAGUGUAUGGUGUACAGUUUUACACAAUGGAGCAACACCUAGAGAUUGACGCAACUUUAUUGACGUCCAAGCCAGACUGCAAAGUUUGCAGGCAUUGCAAACCACUUCAUUACAAUCUGUUGCGCCAACCACCCUUCACAUUUGCCCCGAAAGGCCUGCAACUGAUUGAACCUAUCCGCCGAUAUACAGACAGAGAUGUGGUACUGCAUGUCCCAUACACCUACCAGAUACAGACGGUCUCCCAUGUGGGCAUGAGUGAGCCCUCUCCGCCUCUGGUGCAUGAACUUGGGGGUCCCUAUUGUGGAGAUGGACGAAUCCAGAGUUUCAAGGGAGAGGAAUGUGAUGAUAUGAACUCUGUGAAUGGGGACGGCUGUUCCAGUCAGUGCAAGGAAGAGCCCUUUUUUAAUUGUGUUGAGGAGCCAAGCAUGUGCUACUACUAUGAUGGUGAUGGGGUGUGCGAGGACUUCGAGCGAGAAACGGGUGUGAGAGACUGUGGCCUCUAUACACCCAGUGGUUUCUUAGACCAGUGGGCUUCCCAUGUUAAUGUCUCCCAUGAAGAAAAGCCAUAUUGCUCUGGGGAUGUGGCUGCUGGGUAUCCUGCUGCUACUAAGACAUGUCUGUCCAAAGUCUUUGACUUAUCUGAUGGAGUCUCCCAGUAUGCAUGGUUCCCUUGUCAAGAGGCUUACAGACAAAGAUCGGAAUAUUCUACGUACUGGCUGAAGGCAAACUUUUCUCAUCCCAUGGUGGCUGCAGCAGUAAUUGUACAUCUGGCUGCUGAUGGGACAAAGUUCAUUGACCAGACACAGUGCAACAUUACUGUUCAACUGGUGGACACCAAGGAUGGUUUCCAUAGUCUAGGUGAGUGGCGUCUGAGCUGCCGCACCAACCCUUUGGUGAUCCCCGUGAGCCAUGACCUGUCAGUGGCCUUUUACCACACCAAGGCUAUCCUGGUCAUGUUUUCCUGUCAACUGGUGGCCAUCUCUGGCAUUGGCCUGCGAUCCUUCCAGUCGUUUGACCCCAUCACAAUCAGUGGUUGCCAGAGUAAUGAGAUCUACAACCCCACAGGACAGAGUUGUGUACAUUAUUCGUGCGAAGCCAUUGACUGCCAGGAACCCUUAAUCCGCAAUGCAGAGCUAAAGUGCAGUAGCCCCGGUCGCCACUUCUACAACGGAGACCGCUGCACCAUCUCCUGCAACUCGGGAUAUGUCCUGCAAGUCCACCAGGAAGACGACAUCAUCAAGACCCAGUCGGAUUCUUCAGUAACAAUAACCUGUACCAAUGGGAAGUGGAACAAGCAAGUAUCCUGUGAGCCAGUGGACUGCGGUCUUCCAGACAAAUACCACGUUCAUCCUGCCCAUUUUACCUUCUCGGAGGGCACUACAUAUGGCAAGAAAAGCACAUUUCUUUGCAGAGAGCCUGCCCAACUCAUAGGAACCAACAACACUCUUAUCUGCCAGGAAGAUGGUUUAUGGUCCUUCCCCGAAGCUCUUUGUGAGCUGCGCUGCCCGGCCCCGCCUCCUGUACCUAAUGCUGUUUUACAAACAAAACGCUGUAAUGAGACGGGCCUAAAAGUUGGCACGCUCUGCAAGUACAAAUGCAAGCCAGGCUACCAUGUUACCAAUAAACCCAAAAGACGUGCUUUUAAGCGCCAGUGCACAGAGGAUGGCACCUGGCUGGAGGGUGCAUGCGAGCCAGUGACUUGUGAUCCUCCACCACCCAUUUUCCAUGGCUCCUACUACUGUACAGAUGGCUUCCGCUUUGACAGUAUCUGCAGACUCAACUGCUCUGAAUCCACCGGUAAUCGUCAAGGAGUCUCUGUCCAUACGGGCACAGCCUCCAACAUGAUCCGGUGCAGAAAGGAUGGAAACUGGACAGGGUCAUUCCGCCUAUGCCCGAACAGCAAAGGCCAGUGCUCGUUACCUCAAAACCUGCAUUACAGCCUCCAGUACUCUUGCAAACGUGGACAUGGCAUAGGUGAAGAGUGUGAGCUCUCAUGCAGAGAGGGUAACAGUGAAGUGGUGAUUCUCCCUAGCAACGUGACAGCAAAUUUCCUACUUCGACAGCACUGGUGGAACCCGCAAAAAGUCAAGAGUAUAGUCUGCACGAUGGGACUGAAAUGGUAUCCUCCUCCAGAAUUCCUCCAUUGCAUCAAAGGAUGCGAGCCUUUUAUGGGAGACAACUACUGUGAUCCAGUCAACAACAGGGCCUUCUGCAACUAUGAUGGAGGAGACUGCUGUCAGACCACUGUCAAGACUAAGAAGGUAAUUCCAUUCCCCAUAUCCUGUGACAUACGUAACGAGUGCUCCUGUCGGGAUCCAAAAGCUGCAGAGAACAGAAAACAUGAGCGCAACCAUUCCCUAGGGUGACCACGCUGAGCAGGGAUCUUCAUUCGUUGUUCCGGGACCCUUCCCCUACCACAACACAUCCAGAAUGGCCAACCCAACCUUCAUCAUCCUCAUCUUGGCCCACAGUUUCCUGCACAUGCUGCUAAUAAAGGCAUACCUCUCCAUCUGUACUGCAAAUGCAACCAGCUUCCAUCUUCAUGUGAAAGGAAGAUACAGAAAGAGGACGAGACUCACGGGACUCCACUGAAAAUAUUGUUUCUCUGCAAAAAGGAAAGUAACUUGUGCAAUACCAUCCUUAAUGAUAAGUAGUAUUAAAAAACCUGAAAUAGACGUUUUCGAUAACUCACCCAAAAUAAACAAAAAAAGUGUAACUAAGUCUAGGUAAGCAUGCCGUUUGGUGAGUUUUGUGCUGGCUUUAGUAUUGGUUUUAGUUACCUCACUCUACAAUCAGAUGAUUGAACCAAAGGUUUAUCAAAACAUGCAAGUUUGGGAUUGUGUUAAUGCUGGCUCUGUGUUUUGCAGAUAAAAAUGUUGACCAGAGAUUUAAAGAAAUCCUCAUACACAUUGAAUCCUCAGCGCCGCCUCAAGGUGCAAUCCCCUGCCUUCUUCCAGAGGUUGUUUUAAUUACUUCUGCUUUUAAACUAGUCAGCUAUUACUUACCUCUGUGCCCUUCUUAGUAAUGUAUGCUUUUUUUAUGGAAUGUCGGUGGAUAUGGGUAUUAUAUAAAACAGCCAUAUUGUUUUAAGCCACAUAUCUGACACAAAAAAAGGCAAAUUGCAAUGCACAAAAACUCAAAACAGUCAGCUAUAGAAAAAGAAAAACAGUCUAGGUCAAUAGCUGUUUAUAGAAAAAAAACUCAUUUGAAAAUGUAGUGUGGCGUUUGCUUCUUUGAAUCCAUAAUAAAUAGUAGGCUUAGACAGCUUUGUCUUCCUUGCUGCUUACAGCUUCUCCUAAUAGCAUUCAUUGAUUCCUGCAUGUUCUUACACAACUUUGUCAUUUUGUAUUUAGGUAGAAACCCGUUGACAGCAUCACAUAUGAAAUGCACUAACAACUGAAGAAAAUCCAGAACCUCAUUUGGCACCCCUCGUCUUAUGCAGCUGCCCCUGGAAAUAACUCUAUACCUUGAUUAUGACUUAAAGAAUGUUGUCGGUAACCUCACUUAGGGUUUGGGGUGAUUUUAGUUUCAGUCUGAACUCCUCCCUUAUGGAGAUAGAUAAAAACCUUUGUUACCUCAAGAACCAUCUGAAACUGAAAAACAAAAGCUGAAAGUAAAUCCAUCCCAGUCCCGUUCAGAAUGUAGUUAAAGCUUAUCAAAGGCUUGUGGCUUUCUUGAUCUCAGUUCUGCACACCACAUUCACACAAAAGUACAGGGAUGAAGGGUUGGCUAGACUAUAUCUCGGUAACCCUAGCCCUAAUACCAGCCGACGCCCCCAUCUAACAAGCCAGCAUUCCAUGGGGAAUGGAAUUAACUUUCGCAGACUCUCUCCUUUCACUGGGUAGUUAGCAGAGUUAUACACUAAAAUGACAUGUGGAUGUAUACGUCAACACAGCAUUUCCAGCCACAGAUAACCUGCUGGGUCUAGUUUCGGUCGUUUGCUCAUUCUGCUUCCUCUUCAGUACAAAGUGCACUUCUAAAUAGCAUUUUUCUGUGUUGUGUGUUCCCAUAAAGUAACUUUGUUAAACAAUAUAGCUGCUAUGAUAGAGUUCUAUUUUGUUACUCCUCAUUCCCGACACGUACAAACCGAUCAGUUUCAUGCAACAUGUGGAAAGUGUUUGUCUGCUUGGCAUCUUGGUCUAAACUUUGCAUCGACUAUUUUGCAACAAUUACAGUGACAAUUAUCAUGAUUAAUAAUUAUUUCUCUCUACCCGUGGUCUCUCUCUGACUUGUAUUUGGCUGCUAUGGCAUUCAAGAUCAUUCCUGUAAACACAGUCCUACAUGCCAUUUCAUAGCCAAUGUUUGUGGAGACCUAAGAGAAUAUGAGGACAUGCAAAGAACAUGUGCAGAUUUUAUUUUCCAUAUGAUAUAAAAAAAAGAAAAUCCAAAAAUGAUCGAAUGACAGAAUUAUUAAACAAUUGGUUUGAUUUGCUGUUUUGCAUUUCAUGGAACAUGCUAUAUUUAAUCAGUGUUCGUACCGAUGACCUCAAUUACUGCACUUUCUAGUUAGAAAAACAAUGUAUAUCUUUCAAAAUUCUGUAGAAGCUGCUAGCAACAGAAUGGUGAUCUAAGAAACUGCAUAGUUUUUAGCAAUUUGACUCAUUGUGUUGCUUUUUGCUUUUCUUCCACUCUUGUUUUAUACUUGAUUGUUAUGCUACAUUAUGCAGAUGACAUAUUGCUAUGCUUCUCUGCAGCAUCAAAAUGGUAUUUGCAUUGGAUGGUAUUAAUGAGGUAGAGUGGUAAUCCCACAUUGAAGCAUAUAUUAAUUUACAAAUCAUUUGGAACAAUUAGACCGACAUCGAUGCUUUUUCCAAGACAUGUACUAUGGGUUGUUUAAAAUUGAACUAGACUGCAAAUGCUACGUCUUGUGUGUUGCCUUGGUGUUUGCAUAACAUCUUAGGUCUCAGAGGAAAAGCGGAAAAAAAAUGGAGAAGAUAAAAGAAAAAGGAAGAAACCCCCAACCAAAAGGACUCCUGAAAGACUUUGUAACUUUUGAAAAAAAUGAAACUUUGUGAGGACACUGAAGGCUACAGGAUCUUCAAUGAUUACAUUUAUAAACUUUAUAUGAAAACUAUAUAUUCCUGGUAAUUGUAUGUAUUUGAGAUGUUUUGUUUGUAUUCUAGAUUCUGCUGCCUCACAUUAUAAUUCCUACCAGUGGUAAGUGUCUCACCUGGAGUCACUCCACACGCAGUGCUGUGGUUCAUUAUCUGCUACCGAGGUCAUAGAGAAGCCAUUCAGUCUCAAACUAUGUAAAUAGGUAUAAAGUUAUCCUAGCAUAAUCAGAGGUCUUUCCUGCAUAAUUGUCAUAAUUAUGUAAUAAGGUUAUCAUAUUAUGUCAAUAUCUAGCAACCAAAACAGCUGAUUGUAAUUGCCACAUAAGGCAUCAGAAUGUCACUACAUCAACUUGAAAAAAAAAAAAAAAAAUCUUCCUAAGAUUGGAGAAGUUACCCAUAAGCCAUAGCUAACAAAGAAAGUCAUGGGUGGGAGUAUACAUUUGUGCAUCAGAAUAGAGGACAUCACCUCUCUACUGUAGUUAUCACAUGAUCCCUUUGCUGUACCUCAUGCCUGCAAUGAUUGCUGCUUCUAUAGUUUUGGUAUUUUAGUGACAUUUUGAUUCUCAUAACAAUGGUGUAAAUAGUACAACUAUUUAUUGAGAGUGGUAUACUUUUUUUAAGCUAUAUUUAAGUUCCAUUUAAAUUAUUUUUUACAUUGUUUCGAUAUGAACCAGCACAUUAUAUGUUGUGAGUCAUUUUUAUCUCCAUCGUCACAGUUCUAUUGAUUGUGAUUGUUGCUGAUAGGCACUGAUCAGACAUAAACAAGUUUGCCCCUCAACCAUGAAAUAACUUCUCUCAAUGAUCAUUAUGUGUAAAUGGAUACUGCUUUCAAAUGCUAUCUUUUUCUCAUUUAAAGCUAGAAUUGUGUUUAUUUUUGUUUUUCUAUAAAGAAAAAUUUACAAAUUAGCCACAUGUACAAGGAGUGUCUAAGAGAGAACCAAAUUUACAACCAUUAUCAUUGCCUAUUAAGCAUAGGCAUUAUUAUUUAUUAACAAUAUACAGUACUUCCAGCUGAAGGCAGAAGGAAAAAGGACUAACAAUUAAGGAAAAACAAACUAGAGGUGACAUCCAGCAGUGAGUGUUCUUAAAUGGGGCAAAUGUAGAAGAAGUAAGCCAGUGAAGGAGAGAGAGGGAAAGAGAGGUAUUUAAGGGUGGGCUGCUUUUCCUGGCCUAUGGAGGUGUUUGUCCAGGUGUGAAAGUGUGUACUCACAGAGGCUGCCCCUGGGCAAAGAGCGGCCAGCCUGACUGGCAACAUGCUAAGGCGAGUGAGUCAGAAUUUCUCCAGAGACUGGCAGCCAUCCCACGAUGGGACUCCCUCCAUCUCACUUACCUCCAUAUCCCCUCUAACUCGACACACAGCCUCAUCUGUCACUGUCAGGUAUGCCUUUGUGGGGCAGCCAGGGUCAAGCUGGCCCUGUGAAAAUGAGAGGGGAUGUUUGCCCAGUUUACAGAACCAAUUGAAGUCAAGAUGAAGGAACACAUUUCUUCCCACCUACGGUCUAUGCUUAUCGCACCAUAAGAAACUCUCUACCAGUGUUCUUGUUUGACAAGCUUUGAUUCCUCCAUGUUCACCACCAAUAUUUGCUCCUGUAGUUUAAAUGAGACAUUUGUUUUUCUUGUCUGCAGAUGUCAAAUGUUUCUGUGUAAGUUCAUCAUCAUCAUCAUCAAAAAAAAAAAAAAAAGCAGAGAAGAACUGGAGUGUGUAAAGCCCUAAUGUUUUUGCUCUAAUCUUUAAAAUGAAGGGUUAUGGUGUUUCCCAAAAUGUUCUUUUUUGUGCUGUAACACAUUAAGUAUUUCUCACAUGUCUUUGGUUAUAAAUUGGUCCUAUUAUGUUUUCUUAUCCUUCAGUGAAUAAUAAAAAAAAAAUGUUGAAGUAUAGUUUGUUUUUUUCCAUAGAACAAAAAAAAAUGUACUUGCAUAUUAUGUGGAUAUCUAGUGAUAUUACUGUAAUGUUUCAUACCCAACUGCUCAACAAAUAUAUUUUAAGAUGUAAAUAUUGAUAUUAUCUUAUGAUUGUAUUCAAAAACAUGUACUAACUGUUUCAGAAUAGGUCUUGGAUUGAUUUUUAUCAUAAGUAUAACAUAAAAAAAAAAGAUCCGUGAAAUGUAGUGUCAAAGUAUCACCUGCAAUGAAAAAAAAAAAA